AUAACCGGAAGCAUCAAUAGAAGCGAUUGAGAAACGGCGAAAGAGAUCAUCACCUGUCGAUUUCGUUCAUAUAUAUCUCUCCUGUGCUCUCUUUAAUCUCCAUAUCCCACUUCCAUAACACCCGUACCAUUACUUUAAUUUGCUGUCGAGUCGGUCUGGACGGAUAAAGCAGAGUUGGCAGUGUAAUUCUGUGCGCAAACGGGUGGUUUUGAAGGUGCGUUGAAGCCUCGCAACAGAACAAAUGUAAACAAGCAGCUGAUCAGCUGUGCGGCCGAAGACGCGCAACAAAACGGCGUGAUGACAGCGACCUGCAGGGUUUGACAAACAUAUUCCGCGUCAUAUAAAGCCAAAUUAGGGAUUUAUUUGCAUGCUGUAGAGUUUUUAGACGUUAUUGCAGUACACGAGGACAACUCCCAACCCAUCGCCUUCACCUCCAUUGCGGGCAGCAGCAGAUACAGAACAAACGGCUGAUUUAUUUUUUUACUGUUUAUAGGGGUGAUAAAUUGAUUGAUUUGUCUUUAUUUCUACUUGAAGACUGGAUAACUUCACGUCUAACAGGAAAAGCAACAGGACUCGAGAAAUAAUAAAGGAAAAUUGCCUUCUGGGCCCCAAGGUAUAAAUAAAUAUCAGCAACGUUUUAAAAUUUACAUGAAGCUGGAAGUUUAAGGAACUCCAACAUCACAUUUCCUGGCGAGCAGCGCAGUAAGGCUGAAGGAUCGGGACUGACAUGGCACACCAGCAGAUGCCGAGCUCACAGAAGGCUCUGAUGCUGGAGCUGAAAUCCCUGCAGGAGGAGCCAGUGGAAGGUUUCCGCAUCACUCUGGUGGAGGAGUCGGACCUCUACAACUGGGAGGUGGCCAUCUUUGGCCCUCCAAACACACUUUAUGAGGGGGGCUACUUCAAGGCCCAUAUAAAAUUUCCUAUUGACUACCCCUACUCUCCUCCGACUUUCCGAUUCCUCACCAAGAUGUGGCAUCCGAACAUCUAUGAGAAUGGCGAUGUUUGUAUUUCCAUCCUCCAUCCUCCUGUGGAUGACCCCCAGAGCGGAGAGCUGCCCUCGGAGCGAUGGAACCCCACACAGAAUGUCAGAACAAUCCUGUUGAGUGUGAUCUCACUGCUGAAUGAACCCAAUACCUUUUCUCCUGCAAACGUGGAUGCCUCAGUCAUGUUUCGCAAGUGGAGGGACAGCAAAGGAAAGGACAAGGAAUACGCCGAGAUAAUAAGGAAGCAGGUGAUGUCCACUAAGGCAGAUGCAGAGCGAGAUGGAGUAAAAGUACCAACUACGCUAGCUGAAUACUGCAUCCAGACCAAAGUGCCUUCCCACGACAGUAGCUCCGACUUGCUCUACGACGAUUUAUAUGACGACGACAUAGAAGAGGAUGAUGAUGACGACGACGAGGCAGAGGCCGUUGGGAUUGGCAGCGAAAUGGCCGGGGACUGUUUUGGCGACGAAGACGACUCUGGCAACGAGGAGUCUUGACCUCCUUCUUUCCGUGACACUGACCUUCGCCCUCUCACUAUUCUUUACCCCACCAGCCUCAUGUUUCAUAUUGUCUUUUCUCUUUUCCUAUGCUUAAAGCUUUCGUUUUUCACUCUGUUCCAAAAACCUCAUAACUUCAGAUCUCUGUCCUUACAGCACCUCCCAGUUUCUCAGUAAAGUUCAUUAUGGGGUCAUAAACCAGUCAUUUGUAGUUACAUUUUACAUCCCACCUUCUCCUGCCUCUUAACCUCAGGGCUUUUGGAUAUUCAGAGCUUGUCAGGCCACCUUAAAUAUGUUCAUUUCAAUUUUUUUAAGGGCUAAUUCCUACAAAAAUGGAAAAAUAUGUCAUUAUUUAUUAGCCCACAUGUUGUUCCAAAACCUGUAGGACUUUCUUACAUCCGUGAAACAAAAAAGAGAUUUUGAAGGAUGUUUGAGCUGCUUUUUCUCAUAGAUUAUAACCAAACAAUCCCUGCGUAAUAUUACUUCCCUACUAUAUAGUAUAUGAAAGGAAUAUGAUGUCUGAAUUCACAGUAUUGAUAACAACAGUAAAGUAUCCAGUUGACCUACAACCAAAGACUUUAUAUACAGAAAGACGGUCCACUCGUAUUACAAUAAAUGGGAGAAAGUGCAACGCGCAAUAUGGCGGAAUAAGUCCCGACUUCUAAAUAAAAGAGCCAAUCGACGAUUGGUAAAGUCAUCACGUCACUGCAGCUGCCGUUUGCUGUAGAAACAGUCAGUGUUCUGAGACGCACACUUAGGACUGCGUAUGCACAUUAGCUUGGUCCAUCGUGAAAAAUGCAGUUUUUUGUCAUGAUUCAAGUGUUUAGAAACAAAAUUUAUAAGACAGAUGUUGUCAGAUUUCAUUGGUGAUUUCAUAUAUGAAAUUUUAAUCGUAGGCUUGGUGAACAGUUUUGGAGAAUUUGAUGUUUCCCCAUUCAAAGAUAUAGGAGCUGCACUUGCAUGCCCAAAAGGCGCAAGGGUUGCCAGGUGUUAACAACAAAACCCACCCAAUUGCUACUCAAAACUAGCACAUUCGCAUUUCAGGGGGGAUCCCCCGGUAAAAAAUGCUUUCCGGAGGGUAAAAUCUGCAUUUUUGGCAGGGUUCCUCUAGUAAAAUUCGCAUUCCAUGGGCUAAAUAUCAUGUCAUUUGGGGACGCUUCAAACUGCGGACAUGAAAAACAACCCGCGGCAACAGUGUUAAAGUAGCCCAAUUCCACAGUUGGCAACACUGGAGAGGUGUUUCAAAGACUGCCGCCGAGUGAAGUGAGUUGUCUUAAAGGGUCUUUGCCUACUACUUCCAGCGAGAUUCUGAAAUGCGCAUCUGAUGGAUGCUUUACUAUCCCAUAAAGCCACGAGAGAGGAGUUGUGGCAUUAGCUAUGUUGCUUCACUGCCAAUCACAAGUAACAUGCCCAUUGCGAAGUUCGUUCUUCAUCAAAUGUACUAUGCGAUUUCAGACGCGCUCCUAAAACGACACUAAAAGCAGCAUAAUAAUAUGACUAGUGAGCUAUAUUCUUAAUAUUUUAUAGCCAUACGUUGGCUUCAGAAGAGGAAUAGGCCAAAACUUAAGUUGUUAUUCAUUCUAAAGUUUCAUUUAAGCAUUCAUGUGCCAAAUUUGCUCCUUUGAUUCUUGCAUGUUUCGUAACCGAAUUCAGUGUGCCAGUUUGAAUCAAAGGAAGCCACACAGGUUUGGAAUGACAUGAGGGUGAGUAAAUAAUGAUACAAUUUUAAUUUUUUGAGGUAACUAACCCUUCAACCCACCCAUGAGCUAGUUAUGCCUGGUAAAAUCACCAACAAAUGAAUGUUUUGUUCUUUUCCCAGAUUUUCAAGUAUGUACAGAUUCUACAGAACUGUCUUUACAGUAUAGGGCUUCACUGAUUCCACUCUACAGUAUGUAUCUAAUUUCCCACUUUUCCACAAAAAAAGGUAAGUAUUCAAGGUUGGGAGAAUGGAGCUUGAAUAGACUGUUUCUUUCACAUAAAAUUUAAGUGUCAUCAUUUUGACCAGCCAUCCACAUCUGCAGGGUCACCUUCACAACUACUAACUACACACACUCUUUUAUGCGCAGCUCGUACCCCCCAAAUCAUUUGAGCUUUUUGAGCCAUUAAAUCACAGUGUCAGAUUAUAUGGCACAUGAAGGUGCUUUCAAGUGCUCAGCAACACAAGCAUUAAAAUACUUCCAGCAUACCUUCAUUCGCUGACCCAGAAACUAUGUUGAGACUGUUUAAGUCACUAAGAUGAUGUCCAACGUUCGGCCCUGAAUAUUUGAUCCACCAAUUUUGGCUGAUGGUAAUCAUACUGUUAUGCUUUUAAGUAUACACAUACUCAUCAUAAGUGAUCAUGUAUGAGUGUCCAAGCAGCUGUACCAAACCAUUUCUAUUUCUCCUUUUCCUCACUGAUUUUGAAGAUAAUCUUGGGAGUUUUUAAGUUCGGGGUUUGAGAUCAGUGACUGCUGAGGACAUUUCGCUCAUCAGCGUGAGCCCUCUCAUCCCCGGUCUUAUGCUUUUUUGCGUUGGCAACAGUGCCACGGUGGGGCGUAGCUUUCAAGAGCAUGCUUGUGUGUUUUAAUGUGUUUUCUAUGAUGUGUCAAUCAUCCAAUGAGGCACACGAAUCCCUAAGGUCUCAUUAAAGGGGGUGGAAGCGCAGACGUUUAUGCACAUGGGGUCUCAGGUACACCUUUAUUCCCGCAAACCAGCCAAGGACACGGAUGCUGAUUCCUGGUCCUACAAAACCCCUCCAAAAGGGAGUGAGGAUCUUGAGGGAACCGUGCUCUCUUAUUCUGCCGAGCAUCAGGAACUCACUGAACUAUCAAAAACAAUCGUUCCCGACUCAAUCGCUCUCUUGAACCUCUGGACUAUGAGCCAAGGGGGCUCAAAAAGGACGUGAAUCGAUUAAAACGGACUGGAUUUUUCACGUUCAACAAGAGACUCUCGGUGUAUUUACACCCCUGUGCACAGCAAAACAACUAAGUUCAUUUCAAAAAGUGUUGUGACGUUAGUCGACAGUGGAUUUGUCUUGAAGGAUUUUAUUAUUUGUGUGUCAUGAUUGUGUUUUAAAUGUUUCAUUAAGCAUUUUUUUGUUUUUCAAAUGCUAAUUCUUUGACAGGAUUUGUGGUCCUGAUCAAAACAACCGAAUUCAUUAUUUUCUCUAAGUUCAGUGCAUUUCCUUUUUCUUGUAAUGUUGUUAAAGGGAAUAUCAUUCUAAAGAUUCACGUGAAGAAGAAUGGAAAAACAGUAAGAAUGAAUCUAAAUCGAUACCUGUUUCUAUUCUAAACAUAAGUAUUUGAGUUUUGGGGUGGAGGGGCGGGGGGAUGUCCAGUAUGAUAAUUUUAAGACUGUGCUUGUAUGAUCACAAUUCAUUUUUGUUUGUGUGUAUGUACAGGAGUUAAUGCUCCUUAGCAAUUAAACCAUUAGACAACA